AUGGCCUUCACUAAGUUUCUCGUCUGCCUUUUUGCUCUUUUCACGGCAACUCUUGCUGCCAAAUCUAUUCGCACAAUCGAAGUUAUCGAAUCUGGUGAUGCUGGGUUUCCAGGUGAGGUGCCCACCCCGAAGCCUAAGGGAAAGAUCGUCAACAUUGUAGAGGAAUUCAUCCCCGCCACCGUGACUCGUGAUGAAUUCUCCGAUUUCACUUCUUACUCCUCCGAAUCUGGUGUUGGUCGCAUUACCCGCGUUGGUCUCAACGUGAACCGUGGUGCCUACGGAACUCUGUACUUCGACAUCGUAGUUAAGGCCAUUGACGCCGAGACUCUUCAGAAGAAUGACAAGGAAUUUGAGGCGACUCUCUCUGCUGCUGAGAAGUCUGUCUACAGGACCCGCAAAGCGUCGUGGAAGAAGGGCCUUGACAUUCCACUGUUCAAGUGGAUCGGUGCGGACUUUGACAAGAAGGUAACUACCGAGUCGUUCACUGAGGAGGCGGCCUCGCAGGAGAACUACACUGAGAAGGUGAGGGCGGCGUCGCAGCUUCUUGAGAAUUCUGCUUCGACAAAGAUCAGGAUCUCUGGUUCGCUCAAGGCCACCGGAAUAAGCUUCCGACCGACUGUUGCUUUCGCUUUCAUCAAGCUCGCCAGGGUUACUUUCGAGGACGGGAGCUCUCAACUGAUCGUGUCCAACAACCCCGAAGAUGUUGUUGCUGGUACCUCUGGUGGUGACGUGCUCCCUUCCGAAGAUCCGGUUGUUGAUGUUAUUUGCGAUUCCGGGUUCUACUGCGAUUGA